AUGUCCAACUCAAAGGAACCGACCAGCGUUCCUGUCCUCUCAAAGGACAAUUACCCAGCAUGGUCUCGAAAGAUGAAAGCAUACUUCUUUCUGCACGACCUCUAUGAACUUGUACUCGGCGAAGACCUCAAACCUACAGAAACGGAUGACCAAUCGAAGUGGAUCAGACGACAAAGGCAGGCGGCCGCCGCCAUCACAAUGUCAAUCGACGAGACCAAUGCAAUCCACAUUGAUGAUAUCAGCGAUGAUCCUGUUGCAAUGUGGAAGAAACUCGCUUCCAUGCACAAUAACAAGCCGCCUGGUACUCGUUUCAAUGCCAUGGACUCAUUAUUCGGAGUCACAAAGGAAGAUUCCGAGGACCUGGCCGAGCUCAUGACUCGCAUCAACGGACUACUUCAGCGUGUGAAGCAACUUCGGCCAACAGACUACAAGAUUACUGACCUCGACGACGAGUUGGCAAUCAUGGCCAUGCUCCGCGCCCUUCCUGACAAUUACCGCCAUCUUCGCUCCUCGCUUCUCUGCCAAACAAACAUCACCCGUGAAGUGGUCGAGGAAGCCUUCCGAGCUGAGGAUAAUCAACGCCGACAUGAGCAACGAAGCCAGGCCACCGCCCUGCGAGUUGCCACACCUAAUCAGAACCGGACAAAUGGUCCGCCGCAACAUUUCCGUCCAAAGCCCAGCGCCACCGACCGCACACCUGGAGCGCUGUGCACUUUCUGCGGGAAGAAGAACCACACCGAGGCCCAGUGCUUUGCCAAGGCCGACGCAUCGCGCCGUCUCAAGCACGAAGCAGCACGUGUUGCAGAUACAUCUACUGGACCUGCUACUGCCCAUGCAACGAAUGCAAGUAACCCUUCUCUCCCUUUAUUAGCUAGGUCUGAUCUGAAUGCCGAUACAGGGGCCACUCGGACAAUGAUGAGUGACAAGCGAUACUUUACUACGCUUUGCCCUUCGGUCAGGACAAUUAAACUAGCUAAUGGAGAGAGGAUAUUCUCGAAAGGAGAAGGGGAUAUUGUGUUUCAGCCAUGGAUAGACGGCUCCUUUAGCCCUAAUCUCAUCACUUUUCCUAAUGUGCUCUUUGCUCCUGAUCUCGAAUCAAAUCUUGUCUCAGUACUCUCAAUGGCCCGCAAUCAGGGUUAUGAAAUUCGCAUCAAUUCCAAGCAAAUGGAAUUCUAUAUCGACAAUAAGCUACGCAUGACAGCUCGAAUUGAUGCUAAUUGCGUUGCUUACCUUGAUGGACGAGUUCUCACAUCCGAAAAGGCAAAUGCUGCGAGCACAGUGAAACUAGACCGUUCACUGUGGCACCGUCGCCUGGGCCACUAUCACCACGAGGGAGUUGAUACAUUAAUCCGCCAAAAUCUGGUUCAUGGACUCAAGCUUGACUCAAAUGCAAAGCCCGACCCUAUAUGCGCACCGUGUAUUGCAGGGAAACAGACUCGAGCGCCUCAUACUACACCAGCAACCCAUGCUACAACUCCAUUAGAUCGCGUCUUUAUUGAUCUAAAAGGCCCAAUCAAUGUUGAGUCCAUUCCACACCGUGCCAAGUACUGGAUGGCUAUGGUGGAUGAUGCGUCUAAUCUUGUCACACUCGCACUUCUCCACUCAAAAGAUGGAGCGCUCAGGGCUUUCCGCGAGUUCCAUAAGCUCGCUGAGAACCAGACAGGCCAGCGCUUGGUACACUUGCGAGACGAUAAAGGUGGCGAGUUCAGUGGGAAAGAGUUCGACCAAUACUGCAUCUCUGCUGGGAUUACAAGGGAACGCACCGUAGUUGCCACACCAGAGCAGAAUGGACGGGUCGAGCGAGCGAACCGAUGGAUAGCUGAAGGGACAAUCGCUAAACUUACAGAAGCGAAUCUUCCAUCAUCUUUUUGGGGGUUCGCUGCCCUUGCCACUGUCCACGAGUUCAAUCGUGCCCGAGUUCACAAUGGAAAGACACCAUAUGAACACUGGCAUGGUAAAGCUCCCAGUGUCGAUCACCUUUGA